AAAUUUUGCAGAUAUUUUUACUAUAAAUAUUGGAAGACAAUAGUAGUAGUAUUCAAUCAGAGAUAUGAAGAAACUAAUAGAAGAAAAAAAUAUAUAUGUAAAUUAAACAAAAGAUUCUUUCCUUCUCGUAAAAGAAAGAAACAAGACAAAAAAGCCAGCCAUCGACUUUUGUUACAAAACCUUUGAUCUCCACCUUCACAUCCUCUUCUCUAACUUCUUCGUGUAAGACCAAUAUGGAAGACUUCAGAUCCAGAUCAUACGGUGAUGGAAGAACAUCAGACCGGAGACCGGACGGUCCAGGUUCACUCGGUGGUAAUGGUAUGCAAGAUCUCAGGUCUUACAGCACUUCCUACACGGAUCACCCGACCCGGAUACCGGAAGAUAACCCGAAUCUGAAGAAAGGAAAAUCGUCGUCUUCUUCAUGGGGAUUUGUGGAUCCAGAUAUAAAGAGGAAGAAGAGAGUUGUGAGUUACAGAGCUUACACUGUUGAAGGUAAGCUUAAAGGCUCUUUCAGAAAGAGCUUCAAGUGGGUCAAAGAUAAAUGCAGCAAGUUGCUCAACUAAGCAUAUCUGCUUAAGAUAAUAAAACUUUUUGUGGUUUUAAUCUUUUAACUCGACGAUUUCGAUUUAGUUUAUACCUUUUAUAUCAUUAUUUGAAUGUGUGUGUGGGUGUGUUCAAAUCUCUUAAUUUGUGAAAGUGACUGUGUAGCAAAAAAAAAAACAUAAUAAUAAUAUGGAUAUGCUAUUGUAGAUGAAUUCUUGAAAUUGUAAAUGAGAUGAGUGAGUGA